AUGUGGGUCGCGGGUGGCGCCGUACUUCUAGCGGCUCUUGGGGUCACCCCUCUCCUUGCUUCUCCGGAUUUGUUCAAUCGAGCUGAAACCUGCGAAGGGAGUAUUUCGACUGUGACCAUCGAGCCGAGUACUCGAACUGUUACUGUGACCGUUGGAGAGACAUCUGCUGGUGCUAGCGCAUCUGCAUCUGUUACUGCGACGGCCACGGCGACUUCUUCUACACGCUCCGCUUCAACCCAGUCUGGAAAUUCGGGGACUUUUACACCUGGUCGUUCUUCCACUGGUAAAACUGGAACUGCUGCGUCGAGGACUCCUAAGGCUUCCCCUAGUACUUCAUCGCAGACUUCAUCUGAUCCUACAUCUGAUUCUGCUUCCUCUGGUGCCACUUCUGGUGUCACGUCUUCUGGUGCUCCCUCUGGAUCUCCAUCUACCCGUCCAUCUUCAGGUACAAGAUCUAAAACCCACGCCUCAGAAAUUAUCAUCGGAAGCCAGACAGUUCCCAUUCAAAGCACCCCAACCACGAUCUCCCAGUCCGGUCAACCCAUCGUGGUCGGCCCAUCUGGAAUUCAAAUUGGAUCAGAAACACUGAAAAGCGCAACCACAAUGACCGCUGACGGUGUGACUGUGACUUAUGACGGGCCCGAAGAGGAGACAGCUACGUCCUCAGGAGCGACGACCUCAGGGGCGACAACCUCAGGAGCGGCCGCGACUGCGACUGCGUCAUCCUCUUCAAUGGCCUGGGCUGGUUAUAUCACUAUCAAUGACCAAACCUAUCACAUUCCCUCUGAUGAUUCAUCGUUGGAUAUAGUCCUAGAUGAUGGGUCGCUGCUUACGCUGUCCUCAGGGCAGGUGUCUAUUAAUGGUGACAAGGUUGAUAUUCCUGAUAAUGUCUCCGAUUCACCUACGCUCACUGCUGAUGGGCAAUCAUUUACCGUGGGUGAAGGGUUUGAUGGCAAUGGCGGUGAUGGUGGUGGUGGUGAUGGAGGGAGUGGAGGAAGUGGUGGCGGCGGUGGUGGCUCAGGCAUAUCUAGUCUGAUUGAUACACUCUCUGGAUUAGGUGAUGCUGAAAGCUCCCUAUCUUCUAGCUUGGACAAGAUCACCAGUGGUAUCAAGUCCUGGGCCUCUGGGGGCUCAGAGGCGUCUUCACUUUCAGGGUCUAUUGAUUCCGCACUUGAGAAUCUGAACCAGGUGCUUAGUCCCAUGAGAAGUAUCUCGCAAAGCACUGAACUGCAGGAAUUGACAACAGAUGGUCUUCGGGUGGUAUCCAAUGCUUAUCCUGAGCUGGAAAGAGGCCGCGAUAUCCUGAGCUCGAUGCAGAAGUUAUUGAAAGGUCUUCCUACACUUCGAGACGCUGCUACACAGAAUGUGAAGAAAUACUGGCUUCGCUAUGUAGCUACGGGUGGUGGGCUUUUGGCUUUGGAUCAGAGUAUCCAAAAGCUAAAGGACUAUUCAUGGGACGAUGCCUUGGUAGCAACAAAGACAGCCACUUCCACAACCGCCACUGCUACAUCUGGGACAUCUACAACUUCAACCGGAUCACCCACAGCUUCUUCAUAUUUCAUUACAACCAAGCGCGGCACUUCUCUCACCAAGUUCAAGGCUUUUGUGCACGGCCUUGACGGCGGCGCGGGAACCCAAAUAGCCUAUUCGGAGGUUGAUCACCAAGGCUACGUGACAGACCUUACAGUGGCCCAGCUUGCUACAGUCAAAGCCCUUCCUUUCAUCAGGACAGUUUCCUAUAACAUCCCUGUGACUGAGCUGGAGGACGACGAGGACUUCCGCGCCGUUCCUAACCGAGCCUUUUCACCUGAAUUUGAUGAGCUACACGACGUGACCAAUCACAAGUCAAGUAAAUUGCUUUCGCCGCGGGCUAUAGCUCAAUCACCUCGGAGCAAUAGUGGUUCACACCUCAAAAUGAUUUCUUCUGACAAGACCGGUAAACCUACCGAGGAUUAUCUGUUCGACGACACCCUUGGCAAAGGAACAACCAUCUAUGUCAUCGAUACGGGCUACGAUCUAUCAAAACCGGACUUGGCGAGCGCAGGCCGUAAGGUCGAUACUUACGUUGUCCCAAAUGCUCUGACUCUUAACGGUGUCCCAGCAAACCAGCAAAAGCCGGAAGACCUCACCGACUGGGGUCGCCAUGGAACCUCAGUCGCCUCCGUUGCUGGAGGCAUAAUCCGAGGAGUGGCUUCGAAUGCGGACCUGUAUCUGGUCAAAUACAAGAGUGCAUAUGACAAGACAACGAAUGGCGCUACUAAUCUAGUACGCAAGAAUGCACCGCUGCCUGCGGUGGAAGAUGCCUUUCAAAAUGUCUUACAGCACAUCAGAAAGAAUUCAAAUCAAGGAAAGGCGGUUGUCAAUAUGUCAUGGGGUUCGAAAGUUUCAGCCGCGGACUAUGCCGCUCGAAAGACAAGUCUUGAAGACUUUAUCUCAGAGCUAGAGCAGCUUGAUGUGGUAGUGGUCAUUGCUGCGGGAAAUGAAAAUAAAGAGAAGCUUGAAGAUCGUAUUCCACAGGGCAUGGGCACAGCUACCAACAGUAUUAUUACAGUGGGUGGUGUGGACGAAGAUGGCCAAAUUUGGGAACACUCUACAUCUCAGGGAUCUGGCGGUGGAUCUCUGACUGUAUUUGCACAGUCUAAGGACCUUGAAAUGGACCUUCCUUUCGUUGGGGUGAGGAAGAUUGAUGGGACAAGCUUCGCUGCUCCAGCUGUCGCUGGUCUUGCGGCGUAUUACCUUGGUAUUCCUGAUACAAAGAAACUUUUCACAACCGGGAGUGUGUCUACAAUGGUGAAGAGUUAUAUCAAAAAGACCUCUUUCCAGCGAGUUCAGACCAUAUCAAACUCGAACACUCCAGCAGGCUACAACUUCCCCAGUGAGCUCAAGGUUGCAUAUAACUUGGCCAGAGGAAAUCCUCCGAACUGUGGAAGUGGAAAAAUUCUCCCGCGUGGAGAAUCGGAUGACGCCUGUCCUGUGGCUUCGGUUUCUACAUCGGGAAGGCCCGCCUCAUCUAGCCAUGAGUCUACAGCCACGACCUCUUCAAAAGGUGGUAUCUCUACGCAGUCGUCAACCCCAAGACCGGUGAGCACACCGACGACUACUAGUGCCAACGGGAAAACCACCGGCACUGGCACUGCUACCACCUCAACCGGAACUCCCUCAUCCACAGGUAAACUGAUAUGUAAAGGUGGAGAUGGCCCGACCAUCUCUCUCGAAUCGUUGAAUAACCAUACAGAGAAUGGUGUUGCAACAGAAGGAGGCAUGGCACAUUGGUGUGAUAAUUUCCUGUUUCAAUUCCAUGACCAUGUCCCAGAGACGUUCGAGGAGGUUUGGGAUAAUGCCGUGAUGAACGCUACUGUCAAAGUUGACGACUGCCCAAAUCCACGAUUGAUUCCAUACAAUGAUUGUCUGGAUUGGUGGGGGAAAUCGUCAAUGGUUGUGAUACCGACAGUGGUGAUAAACAUGGUGGAACGUACGAAAUUGGAUGUAUCACGAUUGAUUUGA